AUGGCGCGAGGAGACGCCCCACAGGACAGCUACCACCUGGUCGGGAUCAGCUUCUUUAUCCUGGGGCUGGGCACUCUCCUUCCCUGGAACUUCUUCAUUACGGCCAUCCCGUACUUCCAGGGGCGGCUGGCAGGGGCCAACAACACCGCUGGGACCCUGGGCACCAACCACACAGGCCCUGCAGACACUUUCAACUUCAACAACUGGGUGACGCUGCUGUCCCAGCUGCCCCUGCUGCUCUUCACUCUCCUCAACUCCUUCCUGUACCAGUGCAUCCCUGAGACGGUGCGGAUUCUGGGCAGCCUGCUGGCCAUCCUGCUGCUUUUUGCCCUGACGGCAGUGUUGGUCAAGGUGGACAUGAGCCCUGGGCCCUUCUUCUCCAUCACCAUGGCCUCUGUCUGGUUCAUCAACUCCUUCUGUGCAGUUCUGCAGGGCAGCCUCUUCGGGCAGCUGGGCACCAUGCCUUCCACCUACAGCACCCUCUUCCUCAGCGGCCAGGGCCUGGCUGGGAUCUUCGCUGCUCUUGCCAUGCUCAUGGCUAUGGCCAGUGGCGUGGAUGCCCAGACCUCCGCCCUGGGGUACUUCGUCACACCCUGCGUGGGCAUCUUCACGUCUAUUGUGUGUUACCUGAGCCUGCCCCACCUGGAGUUUGCACGCUACUACCUAGCCAAGAAACCAUUGCAGGCGCAGGGUCAGGAGCUGGAGACCAAAGCUGAGCUCCUCCAGUCUGAUGAGAAGAACAGUAUUCCCAACAGCCCCCAGAAGGUAGCCCUGACUCUGGACCUUGACGCUGAGAAGGAGCCAGAGCUGGAGCCAGAGGAGAUCCAGAAGCCAGGAAAACCUUCAGUUUUCAUUGUCUUCCAAAAGAUCUGGCUGACGGCGCUGUGCCUUGUGUUGGUCUUCGCAGUCACCCUGUCUGUCUUCCCCGCUAUCACAGCCAUGGUGACCAGCUCCACCAGUCCUGGGAAGUGGAGUCAGUUCUUCAACCCUAUCUGCUGCUUCCUGCUCUUUAACAUCAUGGACUGGGUGGGGCGGAGUCUGACCUCUUACUUCCUAUGGCCGGAUGAGGACAGCCGGCUGCUGCCCCUGCUCGUCUGCCUGCGCGUCCUAUUCGUGCCUCUCUUCAUGCUGUGCCACGUGCCCGAGAGGUCCCGGCUGCCCGUCCUCUUCCCGCAGGAUGCCUACUUCAUCACUUUCAUGCUGCUCUUCGCGGUGUCCAACGGUUACCUGAUGUCCCUUACCAUGUGCCUGGCACCCAGGCAGGUGCUGCCACAUGAGAGGGAGGUGGCCGGCACCCUGAUGACCUUCUUCCUGGCCCUGGGGCUCUCCUGUGGAGCCGCCCUCUCCUUCCUCUUCAAGGCGUUGCUCUGA